CGUGUUUGAAGCACCGAGUGUAGCAGUGUCUGUUUAGGGCUCUCUGCCUACCAAGACUUGUCAAAAUGGCCGCUCUCCGCAUGUCCGCUCCCACCUCCGCGGCGCUGCGCUCCAGCGUUCGCAGCGCCAAGCCUGUGCUGCCUGUUCGCCGCGCGGUGCGCUCCGUGGUCGUCCGUGCCCAGGCUAGCGAGGAGCAGCUGGGCUUCAAGGUCGGCACCGUUGCCACCCUGUCGUCCGUCGCUGCCUCGUGGAUGAUGGCUGGCAACGCCCAGGCUGCCACUGAGCUUGCGUCCCUGGCCGCCAGCGACAACCGCGCGGGUAUCCUGGCGACCCUGCUGGUGCCGGUCCUGGGCUGGGUCGGCUUCAACAUCUUCGGCUCUCUGCAGGCGCAGCUGAACCAGAUGGACGCCAAGAACAAGCGCGCUGUGCCCGCCGCCGUCGGCAUGGGCGCCGCUGCCUCUCUGCUGUUCGCCCAGUCGGCUGAGGCGUCGACUGAGAUUGCCACCCUGGCCGCCAGCGACAACCGCGUGGCCAUUCUGGCGACUCUGCUGGUGCCCGUCAUCGGCUGGGUUGGCUUCAACAUCUUCGGCUCUCUGCAGGCGCAGCUGAACCAGAUGGACGCCAAGAACAAGCGCGCUGUGCCCGCCGCCGUCGGCAUGGGCGCCGCUGCCUCUCUGCUGUUCGCCCAGUCGGCUGAGGCGUCGACUGAGAUUGCCACCCUGGCCGCCAGCGACAACCGCGUGGCCAUUCUGGCGACUCUGCUGGUGCCCGUCAUCGGCUGGGUUGGCUUCAACAUCUUCGGCUCUCUGCAGGCGCAGCUGAACCAGAUGGACGCCAAGAACAAGCGCGCUGUGCCCGCCGCCGUCGGCAUGGGCGCCGCUGCCUCUCUGCUGUUCGCCCAGUCGGCUGAGGCGUCGACUGAGAUUGCCACCCUGGCCGCCAGCGACAACCGCGUGGCCAUUCUGGCGACUCUGCUGGUGCCCGUCAUCGGUUGGGUUGGCUUCAACAUCUUCGGCUCUCUGCAGGCGCAGCUGAACCAGAUGGACGCCAAGAACAAGCGCGCUGUGCCCGCCGCCGUCGGCAUGGGCGCCGCUGCCUCUCUGCUGUUCGCCCAGUCGGCUGAGGCGUCGACUGAGAUUGCCACCCUGGCCGCCAGCGACAACCGCGUGGCCAUUCUGGCGACUCUGCUGGUGCCCGUCAUCGGCUGGGUUGGCUUCAACAUCUUCGGCUCUCUGCAGGCACAGCUGCGCCAGAUGGACGCCAAGAACAAGUAAUUGUGUAGCUCUCGACGUGAGCGGAUCGCUUUCUCUGCAGCCUAGCGUAGCGGAGGCCCUAGUGCCCUGCAUUUUGUGCAUCGUCAGUCGCUGCGUUGCGGGUGCCGAGUGUGCUUGCCGUGAGAGUUGUUCGCAUGCGGGACUUCGGGAGAUGAGAGCGAAUUUUGUUGGAGACCAGCCGGUUAGUAAGCGCGCUUGCUGUCGCUCAGCGCGCUUAGCGGUGCGUGCAACAGGAAGACUGAUGCUGAAGACAGGCGAUGCGGGAAGGAGCGGUUCAAGGUCGGUACUAGGCUGACGCGCGUUGCAGGUGCUUUUGUCUUUGGUCGGGGGGCACGUGCAGCUGUGUGUCGACUUGGGACUGGCCUGUGGACUGCGGCGGUGAUUGUAUUUGUGCCCUAAAUGGUCAAUAGCCGCCCCUGAGUUGUUUGCGCCGCCGGUCCAUGUUGGUUGGUUCGCGGCCGGUGGCCGGCUUCUCAAAGGGUCAGAACAGUUGUGCUGGAGGCGAAAGUCAAUCGGCAAAGAGCAGGACUAGCAAUGUUUGCAGGUGCGAAUGGUCCACUCUCGAUGCGUCGUGCAAUUUACGAUGUGGCAGGCCGGUGCAUGGGCUAUACAAAUAGAUCUGUAGGUGUCAAUGAUUUUCUGCGUGUGAUUUUAAUAACCAACAACCAACCCCGAGAAGAUUAAGCUUAUUCCCGCGUGUUCUCGAUUUUGGGGGUGGUGCGACAAAGGGGCGGGUCGCGCAUGCUCUGCGUGAGCAGCCGUGUGCAUGGGGACGCGAACGUGUGUGCCCGCAACAGUCUUUUGAGCAACCCUCCAGUUUUGUCUCUCCGUGUAACGGAUACUCGAC